UCAUCAAACAUGUCUGGACGCGGUAAAGGUGGCAAGGUUAAGGGAAAGGCAAAGUCACGUUCUAACCGUGCCGGACUCCAGUUCCCCGUCGGCCGUAUCCACAGGCUUUUACGCAAGGGCAACUACGCCGAGCGCGUCGGUGCCGGUGCCCCGGUGUACUUAGCCGCCGUCAUGGAGUACCUGGCCGCUGAGGUUCUCGAGUUGGCAGGCAACGCCGCUCGCGACAACAAGAAGACCAGGAUCAUCCCUAGGCAUCUCCAGCUGGCGAUCCGCAACGACGAGGAGUUGAACAAGCUCCUCUCCGGUGUGACCAUCGCCCAGGGUGGUGUGCUGCCUAACAUUCAGGCCGUACUCCUGCCCAAGAAGACCGAGAAGAAGGCUUAA